AUGGCUGCUGUUCCACUGGGCAGGUCUCUGGGAGAAGGCGAGCUAGAUAUCGAGGGUGUAUGUAUGGAAUCAGGCAUGGCAUGCCAGAAUUGUACUCACGCUGUUACUUGCAUACCUUUACCUGUUGGAUGGCUUAAGGUUCCUCUACAGCAAUGCUCAAAUGGACAGACUUGUAACGCACAUUUAGGUCAAUGCUCCAACGAUGCAGUGCCAGAAUGUGAAGAGAUAACGCAAAAGUACAGCCAUGUUUGUGAACAGGUUGGUAUUUUCCCGGAUGCAUAUGAUUGUAGAAAGUUUCAUUUAUGUUCACCUCCUGAUGGGCUUCCAGAUGGAAGACCAGCAGAACAUAGAGCAGCAAUGUGCCCAAGACAUUAUGGAUAUGACCCAAGCACUGCUCAGUGCUCUAUAAAAUUGAAGAAUGGUCAAUGUAGCCAAAAACCAGUUCCAAAUUGCACGAAGGUUGGUCAAUCUGGCGCAUUACAUAGCAGCGCAAACCACUAUUAUGUAUGCCUUUCAAGACAUGGAAAUUUAUAUCCUCAAAUCUUUAUCUGUCCUCAUGGAUGGUACUUUUGGGGCAGUUACUGUCGUCCUGAACCUGAAUUUAAACCAAAUGGUAGUUCAAAAUGUACAGAUGACAAAAAAAAUGAUGAAGGAACCAAAAGUAAAGAGGAUACACACAGCAAAGAAAAACAUGAUGAUAUUGUUAAUAACAACUUAAUUAAGACGACUUCUAAGCCUAUAUAUAAAAUAGAUGAUUUUUUCUCAACAGAAAAAGCCAUCACAUAUCCUGCGGACACUUUCUUAGCUGACAAAUUUGAUUUAACAAAUUACGAGGUUAUUGAUGAUGUACCACCAAUGAAUGAUGAAUUUGCAAAUUCUUUUGAAAGUGGCAGCGAUUUUUGG